AUGCCUACUGUUAUUGUCGUUGGAGGUCCAGCUGGAACUGGUAAAACAACACAAGGUGAAUUGCUUGCAAAACAUUACCAAUGUCCAUUCAUAGAGGGAGACUCGUUGCAUCCCCAAGCCAACAUCGACAAGAUGUCACGAGGGGAGCCAUUGACUGAUGAGGACAGAUGGGGCUGGCUUGCCAAACUAGCUCAAGAAGCUGGAGCAAAAGCCAAGUCAGAUCCAAGUGGCAAAAGCGUGGUGUCCUGUUCAAUGUUGAAGAAAGUGUAUCGUGACUACAUCAAGCAAAGUGCGUCGUCAGAAUCAUCAUCAUUGGCGCAUCUGGGUCAAGACACUGCCAAUUUGAAGUUUAGGUUUGUAUUUCUCUACACCACUUUUGAAGAAUUAGUGAAGCGGGUUGAGAAUAGAAAAGGACAUUAUAUGAAAUCCGAUAUGGUCAAAUCUCAAUAUGAUAUUAUGGAGAUUCCUCAAGGCAUAGAGUUGUUGAGCAAUGGAGGUGAGGCUGUAAGUGUUGAUUCUACCGGUAAAACAGAAAAAGUCAUAUUUGAUGAUAUCUUAGAACAAUUGAGCUUGCCAAAUGAAGCAUAG